GGGGCUGGAGGGACCUGCCUGCAGUCUGUGUAAAUGUCACCAGUACACAGACCAGGAGAAAUUAGCUGCUAUGUAAUUAGUCUGUGAGAUGUCACUGAUGAGGAAUGUCUGUUAUUGCAAACACAUGUCCUGGACCCGCAGCUGAGCGCUUUUCCAGACUUCAUGCCAGGUCAGGACGGGGCUGCAGGGAGUUACUCAGACGCUUCCAGGAGUCUGUACCUGCGUGCCUCCUGCCUCAGUGCCUCCUGCUCCUGGUGCUCUCUCUGUCUGUGAGGUUGCUGAGGAGUUGCUGCAGCCCCUGGAAGCAUUAUUCCGGAUCCCCUGCUCUACCUGCAGCAGCCCCUGUGGAGGUGACGCAGCUGGGUGUUUUUGGAGUGACGCAGCUGAGUGUUUUUGGAGUGACGCAGCUGGAAGACCCCGGUGGAAUCCCAACCCCAGACUCCGGCACAGGGAGCAUGGAAAGGCGGAGACCCUGAAUUACUGACACCCCUGUACCUGGCCUGGACCUUGCAGUGCACCAUGACCCUCUACCUGUGGGCCUGUCUGUUGCUGUCUUACCUGAGCUCGGCCCAGGUGGUCUCUGCCCACCCCAAGGGACCCAAAUACAUCGUAAUCAAUGAAAACUGCCCUGGUGCAGAGUGGAACAUUAUGUGCCGGGACUGCUGUGAAUACGACCAGGUGGAGUGCGUGUGCCCUGGAGGCAAUAAGAAGGUGGGGUACACCAUCCCCUGCUGCCGGAAUGAGGACAACGAUUGUGACUCCUGUCUCAUACACCCAGGUUGCUCUAUAUUCGAGAACUGCAAGUCCUGUCAUAAUGGAUCAUGGGGGGGCAUGCUGGACGACUUCUACGUGAAGGGGACUUACUGCUCAGAGUGCCGCAUUGGCUGGUAUGGAGGAGACUGCAUGAGAUGUGGGGAGGUAAUACAAGCUGCCCGCGGGGAGAUCAUGAUGGAGAGCUACCCGUUUAAUGCCCGCUGUGAAUGGAGCAUCCAAGUCAAGCCUGGAUAUUCCGUAGAGCUCAGGUUUGCUAUGCUAAGCUUAGAAUUCGACUACAUGUGUCAGUAUGAUUACUUAGAGGUCCGGGAUGGUGACAACGUGGAUGCGAAAAUCAUCAAGCGCUUCUGCGGGAACGAGCGCCCUCUGUCCAUCCGCAGCUCCGGGAACGCGCUGCAUCUGCUCUUCCAGUCAGAUGGCUCCAAGAACUUUGAUGGCUUCUACGCCACCUUCGAAGAAGUUACAGCCCCAAUCCUAUUACUCAGCGCUGUACAUAGAAUAGAUAUCAUUCACGUCCGUUAUGUUAUAGUAGCUAUACAUUGGAAGGUUGUGAGAGACUCUGCCGUCUUUGUUUCAGCGUGCCGGGAGCCCAAGAUUCCUGAUCUGGUGCGUCAGAAAGUACUGCCCUCGCUGGUUCAGCCACGGGAGACACCUGUACACCCCUUGUACCCCUCAUCAUUCAACAAGGAAAAGACUGACAUUUACCCCACCAAGAAGCCAGCACUGCCCCCUGGGGAGCUCCCUAAGGGUUACCAGCACCUUCACACCCAGCUGCAGUAUGAGUGUGUGUCUCCCUUCUACCGGCGCACCGGAAGCAGCAGGAGGACUUGCCUGAAAACCGGGAAGUGGAGCGGCAGACCGCCAUCUUGUGUCACCAUUUGCGGGAAGCUGGCAAACUUCACCGUCCCUCGGGUACCAAAAAUGCGCUGGCCAUGGCAAGCCGCUCUGUACCGCAGGUCUAACGGGGUUAAAGACGCCAACCUGAGGAAGGGCGCCUGGGUCCUGGUGUGCAGCGGAGCCCUGUUAAACGAGCGCACGGUGGUGAUAGCGUCUCACUGCGUGACUGACCUCGGGAAGAGCACCGUUAUCAAGGUUUCAGAUCUGAAAGUUGUGCUGGGGAAAUUCUACAGAGACGACGAGCGCAACGAGAAGAUGCAGCAGCAUUUACACAUCUCGGCCGUCAUUGUCCACCCAAACUAUGACCCCAUCUUACUGGAUUCCGACAUUGCUGUCAUUAAACUGCUGGACAAGGCCCGAGUCAGCGACUACGUACAGCCGGUGUGUCUCUCCUACUUCUCGGAACUGGAUCUGCCCACUCUGGACUCCAGGAUGGUCGUCAGCGGCUGGAGGAUCCUCUCUGACCCCAAAGCCCCAGAAUUCAAGAACGAGACGAUACGCGCGGGCCUGGUGCUGCCUGUGGACUCCCUCCUGUGCGAGCAGCAGUAUGAAGAAUACGGCAUCUCAGUCAGCGUAACUGAGAGCAUGUUCUGCGCCAAGCAGUUACCCGGAACCGUACCCCACAUCUGUCCCUCAGAGACUGGCGGUAUCGCCACCGCUCUGUUGCCCGGGACAGCGUCGCCGGAAGGCGCCUGGCACCUGAUAGGACUGGUCAGCUGGGGCUACGACAAAACCUGUCAGCGGGAGCUCUUCACAGGCUACACUAAAGUCCUCACUUUCAGAGACUGGCUGGAGAAAAACAUGAAGUAGACUCUUCGGAGGACGGAGCUGGCUUCCGGAUGUACAUGGACCUAAGGUGGAAGAGUAGGCUGUGUUCCCCUCACAUAUAUUCAUCAAUCUACAAUACGCCACAGUAUCAUACAUCUCAGAUUUGCCUCCAGCCAGAACUUUAAGAGACUGUUCUUAUUCGGGCUUAUUUAAUAACACGGUACGGACCGCAAUAAGGUAACUCCAAUCAAUAGAGAAGCCAGGCAAGUGAAAGCUGACCUCUCAUUGGCUGUAUUGUAUGGCAUACAGUGCUCCUAGACCUUUGCACCAUAUUAGAUGAGCCUUUGGUUGACCCCCGGUCUGUAUGGCGUUCUGAUCACAUGAGGCAGAGACCUUGACCGCCCGUAUCAUGACAUGUUUCCUAAAGCUGGGUUUUAAUGUGCGUUUUGUACUUGAUAUACUUCUUUAAUAAAUAAUAACUUAUAAAGCCUGGAGAUGGAGAAUAAGGAAUAAUUAUAUUUCUUCAAUGCUGGGACGGCCAAUGGAAAUGAGUGACAGCGGUCUGCAUAUACUGUAUUUCAGUGACGUGCGGUGGGGUGAGGCAGAGCCUUUCCUGUCAUACUAACGUUUGUGCCAGAGUUUUGACUGUAUAAAGUAUCUGAAAAAUACAAAGAAUAUUUU